GCCGGCUGUCUCGGGGGCGGAUCCCUGAGCCAGCGCUGCCUCCGCUCAGCGCCGCAGAGCUGAAGUGACAGCCGGUGCUCAGAGUUGUUACUAUCAAUUGUGUUCUUUGAGUUGUCAACUGCAGCCUGCGUGGGGAACGCAAGAAGGGGGGCUCAGAUGGGUCGCGGGGUCACUUCUUCGGACUUUCGGGGUCUGGACAGGGUGGGGGCUCCCCGAGCGCCGGGAGGCGCCCGCGGCCAGGUCUGUCCUGCCUCCGGUUCCAUCUCGAUCUAAGUGACACCUGAAAGGGGGCGAGCCCUCCCUAACUCGAGAGCCUCAAGAGAAAGUCCUCUGUUGCAUGAAUACAGGCACUAAAAUUCUGACCACCAGUUACUUUGGAUCAUAAACAACCAACUGAACGGGAGCAACUGUGGCCUUGGUUACCUGUGAAGAUUACAUAAAACAUCAGGCUAAGCAGAAUAACUCUAAAAGGACCAUAAUUCAAGAGUUUCUGAUAUAGAAUUGAACUCUGUGAAUACUGAGGGGGAAAAAUGAAUCAAAAUAACAUUUUUAUGUCGCUGCCUGAAGAAGUUACUUUACAGAUUUUCAGUCAGCUGGACAUUCAGAGUUUGUGCAGGGCUUCAUUGACAUGCAGGAGCUGGAAUGACACAAUAAGAAACAAUGAUUUCUUAUGGAAACCUCAUUGCUUGGCUCUACGAGCUGUGUGUGAACGAGAAGUAGAUGAUGAUCGAAAAAGUGGUUAUUCCUGGAGGGUAGGAUAUGGUGGUAGGUGUGAACCAAACUCUACUUUCUGCUUGGAGGAGGACACACUACUGAGGAAUUACAAGAAGAGUCAAGUAAAACAUUCUUGGCUAAGUGGCAGAUACAGCAACAUAGAUUUGUCUACUCUCCUGUCAGAAACAACCAUGUGCCCAAUGGAUAAAGAAACCUGGGGUGAAAUUUUAGAAGCAGAACUGAAUAGAUCAGAGAUUAAAAAUGACAGCAGAGUAAGUGGAUGCGACACUAACAAGAACAAACUGGAAUGAUCCUAUAUAAGAAAAGGGAAACAUGUAAAUUGACAAUCCCUCCGCUACACUCACCAGCCAAUCAGGAGUGAGUAUGCAAAUUAAGCUGAUAAAGAUGGCAGGUUAAUUUGCAUAUGCAGGUGUCAAGUGCCUAGGGAGGCAAGACCGCUGCACCAAGCUACGCCCCCGGGCUACAGGGACCUUCUGUGAAUAUAUGCUAAGAAUACCAAACUACCAAUCAGAAAGAUGGUAUGCAACCCUUGGGUCUUGGGUUUGAUUCCAGUCAAGGGCACAUGCGUGGGUUGCAGGCUCGAUCCCCAGUAUGGGGUGUGCAGGUGGUAGCUGAUCAGUGAUUCUCUCUCAUCAUUGACUAGAGGUCCAGUGCACAAAAUUUUGUGCACUCGGGGGGGUCCCUCAGCCCAGCCAACCCCCUCUUGCAGUGUGGGACCCCUCGGAGGAUGUCCACCCGAGUGGGGACCCUCACCCCAUGAAGUUUUGGCCAGCCUGGGUGAGGGGCUGAUGGCUGUUUACAGGCUGGCCACACCCCCUUUAGGGUC